AUGCAAGGCCAUGAAGAUAUUACAAAAGUAUAUACAAUAGAGAAGACUUUAGGAGAGUAAACAAUAGUCUUUAAUAAAUUAGAGGUGCUUUUGGAGUUGUGAAGAGAGCAAAAAAGAAGUCAAAUGGAGAAAUGUAUGCUGUCAAAAUCAUCAAUAAGUAAUUUUUUAAGUGAUUAUAAAUUAGAGACAAUUUAUCAAAUGAAGACUUACAAGCCUUACAAACUGAAGUUGAAAUUCUGACCUAAGUAUAAUAUUUUAUUUACUUUUAGAUUGAUCACCCAAAUGUAGUGAAACUCUAUGAAAUAUAUGAAGAUGAUACCAAUUUUUAUAUGGUAUUAGAGUUGAUGACUGGAGGUGAAGUAAUAAUUUAUAUUAAAACUUCAAGCUUUUUGAAAGAAUAGUUGAAAAAGAUCAUUUUAGUGAAAAAGAGGCUGCUGCUACAUUGAGACCAAUUAUAGAUGCUCUUACAUAUUGUCAUAAAAUGGGAAUUGUACAUAGAGAUCUUAAACCUGAAAAUUUACUAUAUUCAAGCAAAGAACCUGGAGCAUUAUUAAAAGUAAGUGAUUUUGGAUUGGCUCGUUUUGUUACAAAUGAUGAGGUUAUGAUGACUUAAUGUGGUACUCCUGGUUAUGUAGCACCUGAAAUUCUUUCUGGUCAUGGAUAUUCAGAAGCAAUUGACUUUUGGUCUGUUGGUGUUAUACUUUAUAUUAUGUAGAUAUAUAAUUUAACAUAUAGGUUAUGUGGAUUUCCACCUUUUUAUGAUGAUGAUAAUGAUAAAUUAUUUAAAAUCAUUAAAACCGGGUAGUUCUCCUUUCCAUCACCAUAUUGGGAUAGUAUUAGCAAUGAAGGUAAGAAUAAUUAUGGAAUAUAAUUAAAGCUAAGGAUCUAAUUAAAGGUCUUUUAACAGUUGAUCCAACAAAGAGAUUUGGAACAGAAAAAAUAAUGAAACAUCCUUGGUUAGUGAACAAUACAGCAAAAUCAAUUCCAAACAUUUAAAAUAAGAUGAAAGAAUUUUAUGGUAGUGCAACUAUGAAAGUAUUAUUUAAUCUAAUAAUUUCAAUUAGAAAAUGGGUAACUUUGUUAAGUUAGCAUAAAGAUGGGGUAAAUUAUCAUAGAUAAAAAAGAAAUGAU